GGAAUGUUAAUGAUUUUCGGCCUGCAUUACAAAUUUUACCUCUCAGUGUUGGCUAGAGCUGGCUGUACAGGUGCCCAAGGCUUUAAUCCUAACAGCACGCACAAAAGAGCUCUUUGCCAUGUCCGACUACAUUUGGUUUGAAGGAAUACCUUUCCCUACCAUAGGGUUUAAAAGAGAAACCAUAGAAGAGGUUCGCAAUAACUUUCUGAUAAGAGAAGAAGACACGGUCAUACUGACAUACCCCAAGUCAGGAACAAACUGGCUGAUUGAGAUUGUCUGCUUGAUUCAGACCAAUGGGGAUAACAAGUGGGUCCAAUCUGUGCCCAUCUGGGACCGUUCACCAUGGGUAGAGACUAAAGUAGGAUAUGAAGCAUUAAUCAAUAAGGAGGGACCACGACUCAUCACCUCCCACCUACCCAUCCAUCUUUUCCCCAAGUCUGUCUUCAGUUCCAAGCCCAAGAUGAUCUAUCUCAUCAGAAAUCCCAGAGAUGCGCUUCUAUCUAGUUAUUUUUUCUUCAGGGAAACAAACCUUGUGAAGGACCCAGGCUCUCUGGGAACUUAUAUCAAAUGGUUCCUCAAAGGAAACGUUUUGUAUGGAUCAUGGUUUGAGCACAUCCGUGGCUGGCUGUCCAUUAGAGAACUGGACAAUUUCCUGUUACUGAGCUAUGAAGACCUGAAAAGGGAUCCAAGGAGAACUAUAGAGAAGAUCUGUGACUUCCUAGGAAAGAAAUUAGAGCCAGAUGAGCUGGAUCUGGUUCUCAAGCACAGCUCCUUCCAAGCCAUGAAGGAAAACAACAUGUCCAAUUUUAGUCUUGUCACAGAAGACACGGUUACUAAUGGUUUGAAGCUCAUGAGAAAAGGCACAACUGGGGACUGGAAGAAUCACUUCACAGUAGCCCAAGCUGAAGCCUUUGAGAAAGUGUACCAGGAGAAAAUGGCCGGUUUCCCGCCCGGACUCUUCCCCUGGGAAUAAGUUCUCACAACUUUUAAAUCUUGUGUGGAUACCGGUGUUUACUUUCCUAUCGGUAAUGUGGAUGGCUGGGUAGAGUCAUGAAAUAAAUCCUCUUCAAGGACUGUGAAA